GCCAAGUUAUCAACAUGUUUUCAAGACUUUUCGUCAGAAGUGUUAAAAGUAUUAAGCCAAGUACUGGGCUCAGAAGAAUGCAUACUUACAAUAAGUUAGGCAAGCUGAAAUCUUUCUACACUCAAAGGCCAGUGCAGGGAUAUUUGCCUAGAAGGACAUUCUGGGGACAGCAGCCUCCCUCAGACUUUGAUGUGACUAAAGACUACUACAAAAUUUUGGGUGUUAGCAAAACAGCUUCGAAAGCAGAUAUCAAGAAGAAGUACUUUGAAUAUGUAAAGAAGAUGCAUCCUGAUAGAAACCCCAAUGCUGAUCAAGAGAAGUUUAAAGAGCUGACAUCAGCAUACAAUGUCCUCUCAAAUGAGAAGAAGAGAAAGGAGUAUGACGAUUACAGAAGUAUGGCAGGACAAGGAUUCCCAAACCCCGGCUCCUCAAGCUACAGUUCCAGCCAGAGUCCCUUCGGUGCAGGCUUCGACCCUUAUGGUAAAAGUUCUUACUACAAGCAGGAUUUUGAUAGGAAUGGCCAAUAUAAGAGAUAUUAUUACAAGACAACUAGUACGAACCCUGAAGAAAUUAGAAAGGAAUUUGAGAAGUUCUUUAAGAAAGCUAAUGAAGCAUUCAAUCAGAAGCAAAGACAAGGUCAAGGUCGAGGACAGACAAGAUAUAAUUUCCAUAAUGCCCAAGGAUUCGAUGAUUUCUCUAAGAAAUUUUGGGAGACUUAUGAAAAACAAAGGCAAAGCCAAAGAAAUCAAAGUAACUCACAUAAGAGCAGCUCACACCAAAGUGAUUUUCACCAAAAUAACUCAAACCAGAGUCCAUUUAAUUACCAAUUUAUGAAUUUUGGAGCUCCUUCAGCAGGAGUGUUGAUUUUCAGACUAGUGAGGAAUUUCAUGAUCAUCUACUUCUUCAUCUACCUCCUAAAAGUUGUACUGUUCGGAUCAUCAGCUGCAACUAGAGCUUCAGGGUCAGAUAUGUAUCAGUACCAGAUAGCUAGGGAUACAUAUGAUAAGAAAGGAUUUAGCCCAAAUCAGGCUCCUAACUACUAUCCUCCUCAAGGAGGUGUGCCUCAGUACCCUCCACAAGGCCAUCCCCAAUAUGUCCCAGAGCAUAUGCCAAGAGCUGAUGGGAUGAAUUACCAGAGAUCUACAGAACAAAGAUUCUACGAUCCCAGUCAAGAUCCCAGAUACAGAUAAUUUAGCGUAAUUUUGUUAAAGAUUU